AUGGACCCAACCCCAAUAAGCACCCCCGGUGGACCCGACAGGAGUAGCCUAGCAGACCUCUACGCCCGCCUGCGGGUUGUCAACGAAAGCAUCAAAGAUGCGACCGGUAUGGUCUUCGCAUGCACCUCCAAUAUGAGAUAUGCCAAGCAUCAGCAUGACACGCCCGAGAAACAACUGCUCGCGCAGGCCACUACACUCAAGAGGCAUCUCGAGGGAGAGCAGAAACUGCUGCGGGAGAGUAUCGACAAACACCCCAAAUCGAGAAUGGGCACUACGAAUAUAUGCGAUAUGCCCGAGGAGAUCUUGUCCGAGAUCUUUACCUAUCUUCGAGGCCGUGUGUGCAGGGAGCAAUCUGUGGACUUUGUCUGUAAGAACUACUCCAACAAGGAGAUCAAGAACAUCAGGCUAGCAUGCCGAGUGUUCUGCCGCGCUAGCUCACAUCUUCUGUUCAACUCUAUCACGGUCAGGAUGGAAGAGACGUCACUAGAAGCUCUCGAGUACAUAUCACGCCACCCGGACUUCAAUGCGAGCAUACGGGGUAUCAGAGCCUCGUUAACAACGUACAGUAAUGUUCUGGGUGGAAACAUUGAUCUUUUCAUUCGGUACCACAUCAAACAGAUGCGUAAGGAAUGCAAGAGGUUGGAUGGGAUACGUGAGUGGAAAGCCGUGGAGCAGGAGAUGAAGAAGGCAAACUUCAUCAUAAAUUCGUGGGAAAACUUGGUCGGCAAACCCCGAAGUUACUUCUCAGCAGUUCCGAGAGAAGCACAUUACCAAAGGAUUCUGAGAGACGCGCAUGGAAAGUACGUGGACAAGCUGUACUAUCAGGAAGAUUCGCGGCUCGACCGCAGCUUCGUAUGUCGUGUCGCCGCCGCCAUUUCUCGGAUGCCCAAUGUCUCGCGGCUUGAGAUAUGUAGUGGCAACUGGAUGGACAACGUCGGGACUCUCUUUGAUACCCUCAGACAGGAUGAGAUCCUGGAAAGGUCUCUACUCCUUCCUCUCACCUGGGAAGAGGGCGCAAUGCAUGCCAACACAGUUGAACCUCUCGAGAUGCUUCACGAGCUACCGCGAGCCAUCUACGCUGCCAGUGGCCAGCCACGAUGUCUCGCCUUUAGGGUGCCCAUCACGUCUGACUGGCGCCACCUAGCCCAGACUGCAGAGCAGACACGCGGGCUCGCGGCAGCAUCUCAGGGCCUGGAGAUUCUUGAUUUCUCCCUGAAGGCCGUAGACCGCCGGGCCUGGAUGCCGCAGCCACGCAAUAUAGAAGAGAUUGAGGACCUUGUGGUCUUUUCCGAUGCGCUACUCGACACACGGAGCCUUCGCUGCCUGAGGCUGGACUUUCGGCAUCUCUGGCUCGCAUUUGGCAUUACCAAUGAGGUAGCCCCAAUAUUUAGUCUCGGCCCUUUGAUCUCGAACAGGAGCUGGCCCCGGCUGGAGGAGAUCACCCUUGGCCAUUUGUCUAUCGACCUGAAAGAGCUGAAAAGUUUUGCUCGCAACCUGCCAGACAGUGUCGCCUUGUGGAUGCGAUCCCCGCACCUGCUAUCGGGGAAGUGGGAAUGGGCCCUCGACCUGCUACGCGAGCACUUCGAAGGCUACCUCACGUUGGAGAAGCCCUCCGGGGCAGAGUGCGAUACCCUGCCGUGGCUCGAGAAGGACUCCAUAUUUGAGAGACGAGUACGCAAACCGCAGUCACUCACCGGGAACGUGCAGCAGAGCUUGGCAGAGAUGUACGUCUCGGGGGCGAUCAACGAUAACCCCCUGAGACCCCCCGGGCAGGAAAACGCUGAUGGGUAA